GUGCUGCAUGACACCAUAGCGUGCCAUGGUUCCAUCGGUGUGGUGACGCUGGGAGGUGAAGCGCAGUGUAAUCUGCAGCUUCACAUCUCCUGCACGGCGGGCUGUUAAUCGGACCUCCAUAAUCAUCUUCUUACCAGCCCCGCUGCAGCAUGCUGACCCGCGUGUUCCGUGCCCACGGGCUCGUGGUGGCCUCUCACCCCUGGGAGGUGAUUGUGGGGACAGUCACCCUCACUGUCUGCAUGAUGUCCAUGAACAUGUUCACUGGGAAUGACCAGAUAUGUGGCUGGAACUUCGACUGCCCCAAAACAGAGGAGAUUCUGAGCAGUGACGUCAUCAUCCUCACCAUUACGCGUUGUAUCGCCAUCGUCUAUAUUUACUUCCAGUUCCAGAACCUGAGACAGCUGGGGUCCAAAUAUAUUUUAGGCAUCGCUGGCCUUUUCACCAUCUUCUCCAGCUUUGUAUUCAGCACAGUUGUCAUUCACUUUCUUGAUAAGGAGCUCACUGGCCUCAAUGAGGCUUUGCCCUUCUUUCUGCUUCUCAUCGACCUCUCCAAAGCAUGCGCUCUCGCCAAGUUUGCCUUGAGCUCCAGUUCUCAGGAUGAAGUGAGGGAUAACAUUGCUCAUGGGAUGGCGGUACUUGGACCUGCCUUUACUUUGGAUGCUCUGGUGGAAUGCUUAGUGAUCGGAGUGGGAACCAUGUCAGGUGUAAGGCAGUUGGAAAUCAUGUGCUGCUUUGGAUGCAUGUCUGUCUUGGCCAACUACUUUGUGUUCAUGACUUUCUUCCCAGCAUGUGUUUCCCUGUUGCUGGAGCUGUCCCGCGAGAGUCAGGGGGGCCAUCCUAUCUGGCAGCUCAACGAUUUGUCCAGAGCAAUGGAGGAGGAGGACAACAAACCCAAUCCUGUAACACAGAGGGUCAAAAUGAUCAUGUCUCUCGGCCUGGUCAUGGUUCAUGCUCACAGCCGCUGGAUUGCUGAACCAUUGUCCAUAAACUCUGCAGUGGACAUGCUCGGGGUCGGCAUGGAGCUGGACCACUUCUCACCCAGGAGAAUUGAGCCGGAUAAACCUCUUUGGCAGUUCUACCUCACGAGGAUGAUAACUAUGGACAUAGAGCAAAUGAUCUGUCUGCUCUUGGCCCUGCUGCUGGCUAUCAAGUACAUCUUCUUUGAACAGGCUGAGAUGGAAUCCACGCUGUCACUGAAGAACCCCAUCUCCCUUUCCACACACACCCUAAAUCCUCCAUCCCCAUCCGAGCCCUGCUGCAGGGAGGAUCUAGUUACGUCACGAUGCCACGCCCCCGCUCACACCAUGGCUGUUCCAGGACCCGCCCAUAAGGGGGAGAGAGAUGAGGUUAUCCGGCCCCUGUCUGCUGCCGACAACGAUCAUCAUCCAAGGAGCUUCUUUGUAACGAGGGAAGAAGAAUCCAAGUCUGAGAGCACGGAGAACACGCUCCCCCAAAAGCCCAGAGACCUGAACCACUGUGUGGUCAUCCUCAACGACCCUAAGCUGGGCCCUCGUUUCCUGAGUGAUGCUGAGGUGAUGCUCCUGGUCAGCUCUAAACACAUCCCUGCCUACAAACUGGAAGCCAUCAUGGAGACCGCAGAGCGAGGCGUGGCCAUUAGAAGAAAAAUGUUAUCAACCAAGCUUCCCUGUUCCUCUGCGCUCUCCUCUUUACCGUACACAAACUAUGACUACUCGAAGGUUGUCGGCACCUGCUGUGAGAACGUGAUUGGCUAUGUGCCCGUACCUGUGGGUGUGGCUGGACCACUACUUCUGGAUGGGAAACAGUUCCAAGUUCCCAUGGCAACUACAGAAGGCUGCUUGGUCGCCAGCACCAACCGCGGCUGUCGAGCAAUCGCACUGGGUGGGGGAGCCCGUAGUCGUAUCUUGGCUGACAGCAUGACUCGGGGCCCUGUAGUCAGACUGCCCUCUGCCUGCCGUGCUGCUGAAGUCAAAGCCUGGCUGGAGAGCACCGACGGUUUUCAGGCCAUCACCGCCUUUGACAACACCAGCAGGUUUGCGAGGCUUCAGAAGCUGCUGGUGGGUCUGGCAGGGAGAAAUCUUUAUAUCCGCUUCCAUUCAAAGACUGGAGAUGCGAUGGGGAUGAACAUGAUCUCUAAGGGCACAGAGGAGGCUCUGAGGUUACUGCAGCAGCACUUCCCAGAGCUGCAGGUGGUGGCUGUUAGUGGGAACUACUGCACAGACAAGAAGCCAGCUGCCAUCAACUGGAUCGAGGGCCGGGGAAAGUCUGCUGUCUGCGAAGCCACCAUCCCUGCCAAGGUGGUCAGAGAGGUUUUGAAAACAAGCACAGAGGCUCUGGUGGAAGUUAACAUCAACAAGAACCUGGUGGGUUCAGCCAUGGCAGGAAGCAUCGGAGGUUUUAAUGCACAUUCAGCCAACCUGGUCACAGCCAUCUACAUAGCAUGUGGACAGGACCCAGCUCAGUCAGUGGGCAGCAGUAACUGCAUCACCCUCAUGGAGCCGUCAGGCCCAGCAGGAGACGACCUGCACAUCUGCUGUACUAUGCCAUCUAUAGAGCUGGGCACUGUAGGAGGAGGGACCAACCUGCCUCCACAACAGGCCUGUCUGCAGAUGCUGGGUGUGCAAGGAGCCAGUCAGGACUGUCCAGGUGAGAACGCCCGACAGCUGGCCAGGAUCGUGUGUGCCACCGUACUCGCUGGAGAGCUCUCACUGAUGGCUGCUCUGGCUGCUGGGCAUCUGGUCAAGAGUCACAUGACCCACAACAGGUCGAAGGUAAACCUGCAGGAGGCAGGAACGUGCACCAGGGAAGCAUCGUGAAAGAACAGCUGGGUCUGCUGGGAAAACUCAUGUGGCCAAUCGGAAAGGGGCGAGUGAUUCAUCGAUGACCUUAAAGACGAUUCAAAUCAAAGAGACUUUCUGCUGAGCAGUUUCUAUUCUGACAUUAAAGGAUGAAUCCGUAUGUUUACAUGAACAAUCAGUUCAUGACUUCUUUUAUUUCAGCAGAAUGAUGUAAGCUUUACAGCCCACUGGAGUCAAAUUAAAAUGCCUCCCCUCCUA